AUGGCCUUUUAUAAGCUCCUGGAUGAAGCUGGGGUACUGGGCAGAUUCCAGAUUCUUCAGAUGGUUUUCCUUUGUCUCUCCUGCUUCAUGGUGUGCCCUCAUAUUCUAAUAGAGAACUUCACUGCAGCCGUCCCUGGCCACCGCUGCUGGGUGCAUAUCCUUGACAAUGACACUGUCUCUGCUAACGGCACUGGGAUCCUCAGGCAAGACGCCCUCCUGAGAGUCUCCAUCCCGCUGGACUCAGACCUGAGGCCAGAGAAAUGCCGCCGCUUCCUCCGCCCCCAGUGGCAGCUCCUUCACCUGAAUGGGACCUUGUCUAACACAAGCGAGCCAGACACGGAGCCCUGUGUGGAUGGCUGGGUGUAUGACCGCAGCUCCUUCUCCUCCACUAUCGUGACAAAGUGGGACCUGGUAUGUGAAUCUCAGUCACUGAAAUCAGUAGUCAAAUUCUCAUUCAUGGUUGGAAUGCUGCUGGGAGGUAUCAUCUAUGGCCAUUUAUCAGACAGGUUUGGGAGGAGGUUAGUUCUCAAGUGGUGUUUGCUGGCGCUCACCGUUGCUGGGACCUGCACCGCCUUUGCUCCCAGACUCCUUGUUUACUGCGCACUGCGCCUCCUGGCCGGCUUUUCCGCCAUGGGCAUCCUGAUAAACAGUACUCUGCUUAUUAUAGAAUGGACAGUGCCCCGGUACCAAGCCGCGGGAAUGAUAGUGACCAUCUGUGCCGCUUGUGUGGGGCAGAUAAGUCUGGGAGGACUUGCUUUUGUCAUUCAAGACUGGCACAUCCUUCAGCUGGUGUAUUCUGUACCGUUUUUGGUCUUAUUUCUUUCCUCAAGGUGGUUGGCAGAGUCUGCUCGGUGGCUGAUUAUCACCAACAAACCAGAGGAGGGCUUAAAGGAACUUAGAAAAGCCGCCCACAUAAAUGGAAAAAAGAAUGCUGGAGAUACCCUAACCAUGGAGGUUUUGAGGUCCGCCAUGCGGGAGGAGCUGGACGCAGCACAGACCAGACCUCCGGUGUCUGAUUUGUUCCGCACGCCCAAAAUGCGUAAAAGGAUCUGUCUCCUGGCCUUUGUGAGAUUUGCAAACUUCAUACCCUUUUACGGCCUGAGUCUCCACCUCCAGUACCUGGGGAGCAAUGUCUACCUGUCCCAGGUUCUCUUUGGCGCAGUCACCCUCCCAGGCAAUUACUUUGCGCUGUUGACACUGAACCACCUGGGCCGGAGAAUAAGCCAGAUGCUUUUCCUGCUCCUGGUGGGGAGCUCCAUUCUGGCCAUCACGUUCGUGCCUCGAGAUAUGCAGACUCCGCGUGUGGUUUUGUCAACGUUGGGAGUGGGAUUUUCUUCUGCGGCAAUUAUGGGCUCUCUUGCCCACGGAAAUGAGCUGAUCCCCACCAUAAUCAGGGCAACGGCUUCAGGAAUCGUUGGAAUGGUUGGCAGUGUCGGGGCAGCGCUGGCUCCCCUCUUGAUGAUCCUAACGGUGUACUCUCCCCACCUGCCCUGGAUCAUCUAUGCGAUCUCGUCCUUCAUCCCCAGCUUUGUCGUCUUCCUCCUUCCUGAAACCAGGAAUCAACCUCUGCCUGACUCCAUCCAGGAUGUGGAAAAGGAGAGAAAAGACUCAAGAGAAGCAGAACAGGAAGAGCCCUUCGUAAAAGUGACGCAGUUCUGA